AUGAAGAAAACUUCACAAGCUGGUGCUCUGUCCAAUAUACUAAAGGAAGUGGAUCUGCCCAUCAUUGAUAGCAGAAGCUGCAGUGAGCUGUUGGAAGCUUUGGAUUUGCCUCCAGUGGGGAGCUACAUGCGGUGUGCUGGCUUUCCUGAUGGCGGAAAGGAUGCAUGCCAGGCAUGGAAUGGGGCCCUCCUGUGCGUCUGGAAUAUAACCGUUCCGGAAGACAAAUUCAUACUCAUACUGUUUAUUGAAGUAGACAUAGAAGAUCAGCUUGGAUGUGACCAUGACGACGUGGCUUUUCAUUCACACAGGAGGAAAUUAAUUGGUUCCGGCUGCGGCAGUGUUGCAGUGCUGGUGGAAGAAGGGAAGAUUGAUACAGCUAAUUACCCUGGCUUGUAUCCCAGCCGCACGAAAUGCCACUGGUUCAUUGAAGCCCCUGUGGAUCAUGUCGUAAAGUUGGAGUUUGAAGACUUUGCUGUUGAAAUCAGCCAGAACUUUAUUUAUGAUUCCAUUGUUAUGUUUGGCGACACCGAAGAGGAGCACCAACUAGUUCUUCUUUGCGGCUUCUCAAUUCCUUCCCCAGUAUGGAGCCCUGGAAACAUCCUGCUGGUACACUUUGAGAGUGAUGGAGAGAACAACUUCAGAGGAUUCAAGGCCAGAUUUGCCCUUUUCCCCUCAGAUGUUUGUGGCUCUCCCCCCUUUGGCCCUCGGUGGCUGCCCAGACAUGUUGUUGGAGGAGAAUAAAGUUGUCCCCACUACUGGCCAUGGCAUGUAGGCUUGCGCUUUCUGGGGGACUACCAAUGUGGCGGUGUUGUCAUUGGCCCAGAAUGGGUGCCCACUGCAGAAGUUCCCAGGUUCACUGGGGGCCUUGCCAGCUGCUUGCAGCAGGCCCAAGUGCCCAUACUUAAUAAUGAUGUCUGCGAGCGAAAUUACUGCGAAAUUACAGGGGAUUCAGGUGUCCUGCUGGUUUGUAAAAAUGAGGAGUCAUCAUUUACACUCUACGGCAUUGCCAGCUGGGGUGUGGGAUGUGCCAGGCCAAAGAAACCAGGUGUUUAUACAAGAGUCAGAGUCUUUCUGGACUAGACCCUCUCCAGAAUGGAAGAACGCAAGCGUCCUUGGAAGAUGGGGAAAAGUGUGAAUUACUCCAACAAUCUGAGCCAGCAAUUGGCUCACUGCAAAGAUGUGAUCCUCACUGCCUGGGAAGGAAUAAUCCAGUCGCCAGGUUUUCCAAAAGGCUAUUCCAACACGGCUGGCUGUCGCUGGAGAAUUGUCGGCCCAUUAAAUUCCGUCAUUCGAUUGGAUUUCUUAGACUUCGUCUGGAAAAAAAAACUUUCCAAAUGCCACGGUGGACUUAUUAUUUAUGAAGGAUUUGAAUCAGCAAAAGAAGUGCUUGGUAAUUUCUGUGACGGAGCUCCACGCUUUCCAUUAAAGUCUCACGGCCCCAUGGUGAUGCUGACCUUUACUUCUGGCGCAGAGACAAAGAUGAAAGGAUUUGUUCUCGCCUACAGAAUCCAGGAAAUUCAGCCCAGUCCACCUGGGCUGAAAGGAGAUUCUGGAGGGCCACUUAUAUGCAAGGUGGAUGGACAUUAUAAACUGGUUGGUGUUGAAAGCUGGGGUAGUGACUGUGAUCUGAAGUCACCAGCUGUCUACACAAGGAUCUCUGCUUACAGGGGCUGGAUUUCUGCAAUCACUCAUGGAAAAGUCUGA